AUGCGUCUAGAUCUGAGACGGAGUCUGCGGUCGGCAGCAAAGAACUCAGCAAUCUAUAAACUCUAUAGUUCAGAAGGAUCCUCCAGCCAGUAUCCCCAAGAAUACGGUCGUUCUCUUUAUCUACAACGCCAGUAUUGGAAUACCAAGUCCAGUGGUAUUCGUAGAACACCGAGGUAUGAGGCACCGAGGUAUGGGGCACCGAGGUAUAAGGCACCGAGGUAUAAGGCAUCGAGAUAUGGGGCACCAAGGUAUAAGGCACCGAGGUAUGAGGCACCGAGGUAUGGGGCACCGAGGUAUGGGGCACCGAGGCAUGAGGCACCGAGGUAUGGGGCACCGAGGUAUAAGGCACCGAGGUAUGAGGCACCAAGGGAUGGGGCACCGAGGUAUAAGGCACCGAGGUAUGAGGCACCGAGGGAUGGGGCACCGAGGUAUAAGGCACCGAGGUAUGGGGCACCGAGGUAUGGGGCACCGAGGUAUGAGGCACCGAGGUAUGAGGCACCGAGGUAUGAGGCACCGAGGUAUGGGGCACCAAGGUAUAAGGCACCGAGGUAUGAGGCACCGAGGUAUGGGGCACCGAGGUAUGAGGCACCGAGGCAUGAGGCACCGAGGUAUAGGGCACCGAGGUAUAAGGCACCGAGGCAUGAGGCACCGAGGGAUGGGGCACCGAGGUAUAAGGCACCGAGG